ACACAAAAAAAUAGGCGAAGUUUGGCAAGCAUAGUGACUAAAAUGAGGGGGAUUCAUUCAGUCCUGCAGCAGCUAAUUAUCUUCUCCGUCGUUCAUUGUUGUCUCUCAUCUCCUUCUACUUCUCACGGAAUGGCAGAUCCUAACUUCAGAGUCAGAGCAGUUAAUUUGGGAGGCUGGCUUGUUACUGAAGGAUGGAUUAAGCCUUCCCUCUUUGAUUCCAUCCCCAACAAAGAUCUCCUGGAUGGAACCCAGCUACAGCUGAAGUCAGUGAUAGGAGGGAAGUAUCUUUCUGCAGAGAGUGGAGGAGGAACCAUCUUAGUUGUCAAUCGAACCAAUGCUUCUGGGUGGGAAACAUUUAGAUUGUGGAGAAUAAACGAGACCAGUUUCAACUUGAGAGUUUUUAAUAAACAGUUCGUGGGAGUGGACGACGUCGCUGCCGGAAAUGAGACGACAGUAGUGGCGGUAGCCACCACCCCUGGCAUAUCAGAAGUGUUUCAGAUUGUGAGGAACUCGGAGGAUUCCAGUCGUAUUCGAAUUAAAGCACCGAAUGGGUUCUUCUUACAGGUAAAAUCAGACGUCUUAGUAACUGCUGACUACAAUGGAGAUGGAAAAUGGGGAGAUGACGAUCCAUCAGUUUUUGUGAUGAAAAUUGCUGGAGCCCUGCAGGGUGAGUUUCAAGUCACAAAUGGAUAUGGUCCCGAGAAGGCACCCCAAGUCAUGAGGGAGCACUGGAGCACAUUCAUAGUGGAGGAUGACUUCAAGUUCAUUGCAGAAAAUGGAUUGAACACGGUGAGAAUUCCAGUUGGGUGGUGGAUAGCUAGCAGUCCAACUCCACCAUGGCCUUACGUUGGUGGAUCUAUGGAAGCUCUGGACAACGCUUUCUCAUGGGCACAAAAAUAUGGGGUGAAGGUCAUAAUCGAUUUGCAUGCAGCACCAGGGUCUCAAAAUGGCUGGGAACAUAGCUCUUCUAGAGACGGCUCUCAAGAAUGGGGAAAAAAUGAUGAGAACAUUCAAGAGACAGUCUCUAUUAUAGACUUCCUAACUGCGAGGUAUGUAAAGUACCCAAGCCUUUAUGCAGUUGAACUUAUCAAUGAACCCAUCUCAUCUGGAGUGUCUCUUGAAAACUUGGCCAAGUACUACCAUGCUGGCUACAAUGUUGUUCGUAAGUAUUCCCCAAAUGUUCAUGUGAUCAUGUCAAGUCGAGUCGGAGAGCCACUUGGCUCGAGAGAGCUCUUCCCCAUUGCCAAUGGGUUGAAAGGAGUGGUCAUCGAUGUUCACUACUACAACCUCUUCAUAGACGUUUUCGACAACAUGACUAUCCAACAGAACAUCGACUUCAUUCGCACCAACCAGUCCGAACGUUUAAGCAACAUCACCACAUCAAAUGGCCCUCUCACAUUUGUUGGGGAAUGGGUAGCUGAGUGGCAAGUGAAGAAUGCAUCUAUAAUAGAUUACCAAAGAUUCGCGAAGGUCCAGUUAGAUGUGUAUGGACAAGCAUCGUUUGGAUGGGCUUAUUGGACUCUCAAGAAUGUGAAUAAUCAUUGGAGUAUGCAGUGGAUGAUAAAAAAUGGUUACAUCAAGCUCUAGCUUUAACAUUGUUUGUGAAUCUCCACUCUAUUAUCACUAUAAUUUAUUUUUUCAGUUUAGAUCAUGGAAAAUAACGGGGGGAAAAGAAAUAAAAUAUUUGCUUCACUCCUUGCUAGCUUUGA